GUAGUCCUGUCAACCUGACGUGCAGAGCGUUCUUCGGAUACAGCGGAGACGUCAGUCCGCUGAUCUACUGGAUGAAAGGGGAGAAGUUUAUCGAGGAUCUGGAUGAGGAGCGGGUCCAAGAGAGCGAGAUCAAGACAAUCCGGGAGCACCUGGGGGAGCAGGAGGUCUCCAUCUCUCUGACCAUCGACUGUCUGGAGGAGAGCGAUCUGGGCAAUUACUCCUGCUACGUGGAAAACGGCAACGGGCGGCGACAGGCCAACAUCCAGCUCACCAAGAAAGCCGAGCUGAUGUACACGGUGGAGCUAGCCGGCGGUUUGGGGGCGAUCCUGAUGCUGCUGAUCUGCCUGGUGACGCUGUACAAGUGCUACAGGAUCGAACUCAUGCUCUUCUACAGGAACCACUUUGGCAGCGAGGAUAUAGACGGAGAUAACAAGGACUAUGAUGCUUACCUGUCCUACACCAAAGUGGACCCGGACCAGUGGAGCCAGGAGACCCGGGAGGAGGAGCGCUUUGCCCUGGAGAUCCUCCCCGACGUGCUGGAGAAGCAUUAUGGGUAUAAACUCUUCAUUCCAGACAGGGAUUUGAUCCCCACAGGAAGUUUCACCAAUGAUCAUUUCCAGGAUGACACAAGACUACUUAGAGCCUACAUCGAGGACGUGGCGCGCUGCGUGGACCAGAGCAAGCGCCUCAUCAUCGUCAUGACGCCCAGCUACGUGGUGCGGAGGGGGUGGAGCAUCUUUGAGCUGGAGACGCGGCUGCGCAACAUGCUGGUGACCGGCGAGAUCAAAGUCAUCCUGAUCGAGUGCGCCGAGCUGCGCGGCAUCAUGAACUACCAGGAGGUGGAGGCCCUCAAACACACCAUCAAGAUGCUGACGGUCAUCAAGUGGCGCGGCUCGUCCAGCAACAAGCUCAACUCCAAGUUCUGGAAGCAGCUGCUCUACGAGAUGCCCUUUAAGCGCAUGGAGCCCCUCAGCAUCUCCCACGAGCAGGUGCUGGACGUCAGCGAGCAGGGCCCCUUCGGCGAGCUCCAGACCGUCUCGGCCAUCUCCAUGGCAGCAGCCACCUCCACCGCCAUGGCGACGGCACACCCGGACUUGCGUUCGACCUUUCACAACUCUUGCCACACCCAGAUGAGGCAGAAACACUAUUACCGUAGCUACGACUACGACCUGCCGCCCGGCGGCACGCUCCCGCCACUCUCCUCGCUAGGCAACCAGCACACCUACUGCAACAUCCCCAUGACGCUCAUCAACGGACAGCGGCCGCAGUCCAAGUCACCGCGCCAGCAGAGUCUGGAGGAAGCCCACGGCAACAACGCCAUGCUGCCACUGCUUCCCAGAGAGACCAGUAUAUCCAGUGUCAUCUGGUGA